AUGCCCUGGUGGGUAUUAUUGUUGACUUGGGUCGGGACAUCAUGGGCCCAUGUGAGGUUAACAUUCCCUCCAGCUCGACUACCCGAAUCUGAUUUUCUGAGCACAGCUAAUAGUCAGCUACCCUGUGGAGUUCCUAAACCACCCAUCGAUUCGGGACUCCGAACGUUUCUCAAAGCUGGCUCUACCGUAGACCUAGAAUGGCUCACUGCUAUACCACACCAGGGAGGAAUCCGAUUAGAAGUGCUGAACUCGCUUGACGAGCCGAUAGCAAUUUUUACGAAUUUUCUCGAUCCUUACAACAUCACCAAAAGCAGCAAACAAAUCGCUCUUCCGCCACAGUUCGAAUGUGCCAACUGCGCGAUUCGGAUUACUCACCAAGCUACCGAAUAUGGUGAUGACUACUUCUUCUACAGUUGUGCCGAUAAAUCCCCGAUGGAGACACUUGCUUAUCGCAUGGUACCAGGAAAGAUGGAAAAUGUAACUGCAACCCCCGAUACUUUGGAGAUUACUGCCAAUAUACAGGUUGCCGACUGCUCGUCCGACAGUGAUUGCGGAAGAAGCGGACUCUGCCAGUCGACGCCAACUUCGGCCUCGAAGCAAUGUUUCUGUACUGGGGGCCUUUUUGGCGAACAUUGCCAGAAAGUGAGCUCACUCAUGAAAUCACCUUCGGAGUUCGAUGAAACGCUCUACAGUAUGAGGGAAGUCGAAGACAAUAAGAUCUACUGGAGGAUAGUCAAUGAUGAGAUCGAAUUUGUUUUACGAUAUCCUGGACAAUCUUGGGCUGCAAUCGGUUGGAAGCCACAAGACUACGAAUGUCCUCGUGAUGAGCCAAGAGUCGAGACAUCAGCUGGCACAACAACAACAGUAGGCCAAACUACUCUACAGCGCGUUGAGGUGACGAGACCCACGACAACGACGAAGCCGUCAACAAGUGCAGAAGUUACGGAAAGCGUAAAAAGCUCAGAAAUUUUUGCCGUUUCUUCUUCCAUCACGACUUCGACAGCACCAGUGAAUGCCUCUAGCAGUGAAGAAUGUGGCCCAAAUGAACAAUGGUCAAAGUGCCCGGAGACAUCUAGAGAUUGUGAACCAUCGUGCGAUUGGACGAGAUUUCCCGAAACCAUUCCAAAUUGCCCGCGAUCGUGCGGAACACCGCGAUGCAUCUGCAAGGAAGGCUACGUUCGUAUGACUAACGAUGAGGAAGUUUGCGUUCCAUUUGAGUUCUGCGAUAAGGAGGCCGAACCAUCUUGUCCAACAAACUCAACUUGGGCCAAAUGUGGAACAGCAUGUGAGCCAAGCUGUGCCAAUAUGUACGACACGGCCCCUUGCCCGGCCACUUGCGAAAAAUCCGCAUGCACUUAUAUCGACAGUCAUUUUAGCGACAUCAAGGAAACCACGGAAGUAGUUCAAGUUCCUGCAGUUUCAGUGGACGUCCCAAUCCAGACAGCACCACGAACAACGACAACUACGCAAAACCCUGAAAGUCUAAAAUGUGCCGUAAACGAGACGAUUGUUGAAUGUGGACGAGUUUGCGAGCCGGACUGUGUGUCGAUCUUCUCCAGGACCGACUGCGAUAAAUGUGGAACCCCAGCAUGUGCUUGCAUGCAGGGUUAUGCUCGAAAUCCUGAAGGAGUGUGCGUUUACUGGGGCGAUUGUUCUACUGAAGGUGAAUUUUUUUCGGAUGUUCAGAUAGGGGAAGCACACGAUUUUUUCUCAUCGUUCGGUGGAGAUGUCUGCUAUGGAGAUUUCCGAUACCCUCCCGGAUGCUCUGAUUGCGACUACAAGCUCUCGUGGAAUUACAUCGAUGAAACUGAUGAGAUCGAGUUUUCGUUGGAAACCAAACUUAUGACCGAUUCUUGGACUGGACUCGGACUCAGCAAGGAUGGAUCCAUGGUAAAUCGCUGUUGCAUAAGCCUAAAAUCUCUAAGUGGCCGAGUACGUCUUGCUAGCAUGCACACAUGUGCUGAAGCGAGGUCAAAAAAAGAUUCGAAGAAAAACGCUGCGAAGCAAUGGCGUACAUAUAUGUCUUAUGUGGAUAGUGUUUACUUGAAUCGUUUUAUAUCUGUGCGACGGACAUGCAUUAGCUACCAGAAUGACAAGUCAUUCGUCGGGAAAUGCUGGAAAAUGAUGUUUCCGGUUUCGGGCGGGCAACUUGAUGAGAACGGCGACAUCAUAGUCAAUAGCACUGCUUUAUUGUUAUCUGACAAAGAAGUUUGUAUAAAAAGUUGUCGAGAAGAGGAAAAGAAAGACGAGGGAAACGCAGCAUGCCAGAGCUCAUUCCGUCAUCCAGCGGGCUGUACUGGUGAAGACUGCGAAUAUGUAGCCACCUGGGCUUACAAUGACUCUGCCAACGAAGUUCGCUUUGAGAUCUCAAGCAAAAACAUCGGCAGAUGGACCGGAAUUGGAUUUUCUAAAGACGGACAAAUGACAAAUUCUGACAUCUAUACUGGUUGGGUAUAUGAAGGCAAAGCUUUUGUCACUGAUCGUUUCGCGUAUGGACGACAACUUCCUGCAAUUGAUCCAGCAGACAGGCAAGAUAUCUAUGACAUCGGAGGCAAAAUCGAGGAUGAGAUCCAGACCCUUUGGUUCCGUCGUGCUGUUCAUUCCAAAGAUCGUCUUACCGACUACCCUCUUGAUCAGUGCUGGUACUUCCUCUUCCCCAUCGGUGGUGGAAGGGUUCUAGCUAGAAAGAGCAGCGACUUCACAAAUCCACGUACUCCAAUAGGUUACCAUGACCUCUACCAGCCGCGAGUGUCUCCUAAUAAAAUUUGUAUAUGCGAUGCUGCUGGUAAACGGAUCUCCGAAGCUCCUUCUCGUCUUCGUAGACAAGCACUGGCUGCACCUGCCCCAAAAAGCUCCACUCCAAAUGCCAUGGAAUGCACCGAUAUGGUUGUCGGUACGGUAGUGAAUGGACGUGGACGAGUGCAGGAUUUCUACACGCCAUCCAAGGCCUCUCCUCGCCCUGAUACAGUUUUUGGUGGUUCGGACUCUCUGACAGCUGCAUCGGCAUUCAAUGAAGAUGGUCUUACUACUGUAGUUUUCCGCAAAAAGCUUAGAGGUAAGCAUGAUUUCUGGGAUCACACCAUUAGUGGACCUAUGACCGUAAUCUGGGCUAAAGGCGCUGACCCGAACAAUUACCAACAUACCACUGGAGGUGCCCCAAUCCAAGCUGAUCCCAACUUCUUCUCUGCCAGUGCUUUCAAAUAUCAUGGCCGUAAUCAUCGUGGUAUGCUCACCAUCGACUUCCAAGAAGGUAGUGCUAUUUUUUCAGAUACUAGAGGGGGAACAAAUCUUCAUAAGAUGCAAUAUGCAGUUUGGUUUGUUUUUGAUGGAUUCACUGAUUUCUUUUUUUUUCAGGCUAGGACAUGGAUGAAUGAAUGGACUGCGAUCGGAUUCUCGCUCGAUGGAGCGAUGGCUGGUUCGGAUGUCAUCAUAGUAGGACGAGGUUUACAUUCAGAAGUAACCGUAACCGACCAGUUUAUGCCUGGUUACGGACGACCAAUCGUUGACGAACAACAGGACAUCUUCGAUGUGGAGACCGCGUACGACGAUGGUGUUGUGAUGGCAAACUUUUCACGCGAACUCUACAGCAGCGACGAACACGAUAUUAAUCUGCAACAAUGCGUCUAUCUUCUUUUCACCCCUGGUGGAGGCAAAUUCGAGCCCAGUGGUGAGCUGCGCAAGCACGGGGAUACACCGAUCGCAAGCCGAACUAAGAUUUGUCUAAACACCUGCUCCGAGUUACCCACAAAGAUCUCGACGAAGGUUCCAGAAGGAGAAAGGAAGGACAACAGAACCACAAUAGAACCUACCGAAACAAAAACAGAUAAACCGACCGUCAAACCAAAGACGACAACAGAAGUGCGGAUGCCGCCCCUUAUCAAGCCAUCUCCUCCUUUCGUCGUAUUCGAACCAACCGAACCCAUCAAAUCUCGUUACGGACUACGUGUGCGCAUUCUCAACAAAGAAUACGUACCUGCUCUAUCCGACCCACAAACCGAGUACUAUCAGAGCUUUACCAAGACAGUCACAGAUGCUAUCAAUGACCUUUUGGCAAAACGAUGGAAGGGAAUGCAAGUCUCAAAGAUUGUUGGUUACUCCAAGGGUUCUGUCAUUGCCGAGUUUGAGGUGGUGUCCGUCGGCGAUGUGCCUCGUCCAAUCGAAGUAAAGAGCCUCAUUGAAGAAACUGCUAUCCGAGGCAACAUUGGAGAGUUGACAGUCGAGCCUAGCACCAUCAAGGCUCAUGUAAUCGGUAACAAGCUGAGGAAAUUGUUUUCGGCAGAGCUUUCAUCAGAAAUCUGUGAGGAGGACAUCUCGAUUUGUGAGUUUUUCAACAACCUCAUACAAGUAGAGGUCCCAGAAAGUGGUGGGGGAAGAGAAGGGAACGCGCGUUCCCGUUUGGUCCCUCACUGCCUUAUACGAAGACUCCAGCCGGCUUCGACAACGCUGCCUUCCUCACCCAUCAAAGGCAUUAUUCUCAAGCAACUACGGCUUCCACAAAGCCCGGAGGCAAUAGUCCCCAAUCAGCAGAGAGUAGGGACGAAACACCCGGAGGUAUUGGCGAGACUACCUAUCAUGAGUGGUACUCGAAGGUCGGUUCAAAACCCGCCUCUCAGCACCAUGAAGAGGCCUUGGGAGUACCUCGACCACCGUCGGCUACACCCUACGUUUCGUAUCCAAAUGAUCCGUCUGGAUACUAUACCCUAGGCGGUGAGCAUCGAACGGAAUCCUCAAACAAACAUUUCCGAUCUCCGUUCUAAAACUCGUCCACACUAUUGCUAAUAUUAACCUGCCAUUUGGAGUAAAUAGGCUUCAUUAUAAGUUCAGAGGUAUUUUUUUCUGUUUGCUCCAGUGAUUAUGGAGAACAUUCUUG